UUCGACAGGUGGUGGAGGCUGUUUCCGGGCUUAGGGGGCUGGAGCUGCUGCCGAGUAAGAGGCGGUGUUGGCGGCGGCCGGAGAGCGCUGAGUGCGGGCUUGGGGGGCCAGGCCCUGCGGAGGACAGGGGAAGUUAUCUUUUUUUUCCCGACGGGGCCGGUGGAGCCGGUGGCUGAGCGGCAAGAUGAAUUUCCUCCGCGGGGUUAUGGGGGGUCAGAGUGCCGGACCCCAGCACACAGAAGCUGAGACGAUUCAAAAGCUUUGUGAUAGAGUAGCUUCAUCUACUUUACUGGAUGAUCGAAGAAAUGCUGUGCGUGCUCUCAAAUCAUUAUCUAAGAAAUAUCGCUUGGAAGUGGGUAUUCAAGCUAUGGAACAUCUUAUCCAUGUUUUACAAACAGAUCGUUCGGAUUCUGAAAUAAUAGGUUAUGCUUUGGACACACUGUAUAAUAUAAUAUCUAAUGAUGAAGAAGAAGAAGUAGAAGAAAACUCCACAAGACAGAGUGAGGAUUUGGGAAGCCAGUUUACAGAAAUUUUCAUUAAGCAGCAAGAAAAUGUCACUCUUCUGUUAUCUUUAUUAGAGGAGUUUGAUUUCCACGUCCGCUGGCCUGGUGUGAAACUUCUUACUUCUCUUUUAAAACAACUAGGGCCUCAAGUGCAGCAAAUUAUUUUAGUCAGUCCUAUGGGUGUUUCAAGGUUGAUGGACUUAUUAGCGGAUUCCAGGGAAGUUAUACGUAAUGAUGGCGUCUUACUACUACAGGCACUAACAAGAAGCAAUGGAGCAAUCCAGAAAAUUGUUGCUUUUGAAAAUGCUUUUGAGAGACUACUGGACAUUAUUACCGAGGAGGGGAACAGUGAUGGAGGUAUAGUAGUGGAAGAUUGUCUGAUUUUGCUUCAAAACCUGUUAAAAAACAACAAUUCCAAUCAAAACUUUUUUAAAGAAGGCUCAUAUAUUCAGCGUAUGAAACCUUGGUUUGAAGUUGGAGAUGAAAAUUCAGGCUGGUCCGCACAGAAAGUGACUAAUCUGCACCUAAUGCUACAGCUUGUUCGUGUACUGGUUUCUCCCAAUAACCCUCCCGGUGCUACCAGUAGCUGCCAAAAAGCUAUGUUCCAGUGUGGCUUACUGCAGCAGCUUUGCACCAUCCUAAUGGCCACUGGCGUUCCUGCUGACAUCCUGACUGAGACCAUUAAUACUGUAUCAGAAGUUAUUCGAGGCUGUCAAGUAAACCAAGACUACUUUGCUUCUGUAAAUGCACCUUCAAACCCACCAAGACCAGCCAUUGUAGUACUUCUUAUGUCCAUGGUUAAUGAAAGGCAGCCAUUUGUAUUGCGCUGUGCUGUUCUCUACUGUUUCCAGUGUUUCUUAUAUAAAAAUCAGAAAGGACAAGGAGAAAUUGUGUCAACACUUCUGCCUUCCACUAUUGAUGCAACAGGUAAUUCAGUCUCAGCUGGUCAGUUGUUAUGCGGAGGUUUAUUUUCUACUGAUUCACUUUCAAACUGGUGUGCUGCUGUGGCCCUUGCUCAUGCUUUGCAAGAAAAUGCUACCCAGAAAGAACAAUUGCUCAGGGUUCAACUUGCUACAAGUAUUGGCAACCCUCCAGUUUCUUUAUUGCAACAGUGCACCAACAUCCUUUCACAGGGUGAUAAGAUCGACCGACGGGGAAGCAAAAUACAGACAAGAGUUGGGUUACUAAUGUUGCUUUGUACCUGGCUUAGCAACUGCCCCAUUGCAGUAACACAUUUUCUUCACAAUUCAGCCAAUGUUCCCUUUCUUACAGGACAAAUUGCAGAAAAUCUUGGAGAGGAAGAACAGUUGGUCCAAGGCUUAUGUGCUCUUCUGUUGGGCAUUUCGAUUUACUUCAAUGAUAACUCACUUGAGAGCUAUAUGAAAGAGAAACUAAAACAACUGAUAGAGAAGAGGAUUGGCAAAGAGAAUUUCAUAGAGAAACUAGGAUUUAUUAGCAAACAUGAGUUGUAUUCCAGAGCAUCUCAGAAACCCCAGCCAAACUUCCCCAGUCCAGAAUACAUGAUAUUUGAUCAUGAGUUUACAAAGCUGGUAAAAGAACUUGAAGGUGUGAUAACUAAGGCUAUUUAUAAGUCCAGUGAAGAAGAUAAACAAGAAGAAGAGGUGAAGAAAACACUAGAACAGCAUGACAGUAUUGUGACUCACUACAAAAAUAUGAUUCGAGAGCAAGAUCUGCAACUUGAGGAAUUGAAGCAGCAGAUUUCUACGUUAAAAUGUCAAAACGAACAGCUCCAGACAGCAGUCACACAGCAAGUAUCUCAGAUUCAGCAACACAAGGAUCAGUAUAAUCUUCUUAAAGUACAGCUAGGAAAAGACAAUCAGCAUCAAGGUUCUUACAGUGAUGGGGCUCAGAUGAAUGGUAUUCAGCCAGAAGAAAUUGGUAGGUUGCGAGAAGAGAUAGAGGAAUUAAAAAGUAAGCAGGAGCUUUUACAAAGCCAACUGGCUGAAAAGGACGCUUUCAUUGAAAAUUUGAAAUCGUCCCAAACAUCACCUGGCACAAAUGAACAGUCUUCAGCGACAGCUUCAGCAAGAGAUUCUGAACAAAUUGAAGAAUUAAAACAGGAACUGGCAACAUUAAAGUCUCAGUUAAAUUCACAGUCUUCUGAGAUCACCAGACUACAGACAGAAAAGCAGGAGCUGUUACAGAAAACAGAAGCAUUUGCAAAAUCAGUUCCUAUACCAGGAGAGAGUGAAACUGUAAUAGCUACAAAAACUACUGAUGUAGAAGGAAGACUGUCAGCAUUAUUACAAGAAACUAAAGAAUUAAAGAAUGAAAUUAAAGCUCUGUCUGAGGAAAGAACUGCUAUUAAAGAGCAGCUGGAUUCAUCUAACAGUACCAUUGCCAUUUUACAAAAUGAGAAAAACAAGCUUGAGGUGGACAUUACAGAUUCUAAAAAAGAACAAGAUGAUCUCUUGGUGCUGUUGGCUGAUCAGGAUCAGAAAAUAUUUUCAUUAAAGAAUAAACUCAAGGAACUUGGUCAUCCAGUUGAAGAAGAGGAUGAACUUGAAUCCGGAGACCAAGAUGAUGAGGAUGAUGAAGAUGAAGAUGACAGCAAGGAACAGGGUCAUAUCUAGCUUUACAAUCUCUAGGAAUGAUAGGGGUUACAUUGUAACUUUGAAGACGGAGUCUUAAGACAGUGCUUUGGUUUGCCUCCACAGGAAGUAAAGAUUUAGAAACCAAGUGGCAGACAUUCACUAAUACAACUAUUGAUGUAUUUUUAAAAUGAAGCCACCACCCAUGUUGAUAAUCCUGUUAUUCUGACUUCAUGUAGAACACACAUCUUUUAUUGAACUGGACUGUCCCAAAAUAUAAUUUGCAAAGAGCUUCAGACACCAAAAAUAUAAUAUUUUCAGGCAUGUGGUGGCAAUGCUCUUUGCCUUUAGUUCAUUGGUUGUUUAUAUAAGUUCUGUAUUUGUCUGCUAUUUUUACUUUUCAGAAUUUGUGACUUUAAAUACUAACACGAUUGAUUUAAUGUGUGUUGGAAUCACUGUUUCUAAAUUCAGUAUUGGAGUUCUUAGCUAAUGAUUUCCUUUUAAAGGAAUGGAUUUACUUAAAGGCAAGAUAGCAUUAUUCUGGGGGAUAAUAUAUCAUCAGCCCUCCAUCCAAUGUGACUCCUAAGGUGAGUAGGAUAGGACAAUGUAGAAUGAGUGCCUUGACACUUGAUAUGGCUGCAUUCUGAACCUCAGUGAAGAAGAAGGAUAUUAGCACACAGUGAAGAGGAGGGUGUUUCUGAGAAACUUCUGCGACAGUGUAUCAGCAUGUGUUUGGUUUUGGUUUUAUUUUUAAGCUAAACAUUAAAACAGAUUACAAGUUAA